AUGUCAAGUCAAGCUAGACCUCAGAAACGUGCACGUUUAGAUAACGAUGCCGAUUUUUCUCAACUACAGGAAGAACAUUGGGAUGAUGAGGCUCUUCAACGUAAAGUAAAGGACGUCAUUCGAUAUGCUCUUGCUUGUGAAUAUAAGCGAAAAGUUGUUAAACGUGAAGAUAUUACCAAAAUUAUUUCUCAGGGCGGAAAUAAAAAGGUCUCGUUCAAUAAUGUCAUGGAUUUAGUUCGCAUCAAGUUGAAUCAAGUGUUCGGCAUGGACUUGGUAGAGUUACCCAAAUUAAGAGAAAAGUUAAAUCAAUCUCAAACACAAUUAAAAAAUACACAAUCAACACAAGCAGCCGAAUCCUCGACACAGGCACAAUCAUCUACACAAGCAGCAGCAGCAGCAAGAAGCGGUACAUCGGGUACAUUUAUCUUGCGAUAUAAUAUGAAGGAAUCAUAUCGUACUGGUGAAGUACUGAAUCAAUCACCCGAGGAGUACCAACAGACGGGUAUUCUGUAUGUGAUUUUAGGUUUGAUCUUUUUGAACUCACAGAGCAUGACAAGUCCUGAUUUAUACAGUCAUUUGGAUCGUUUAAAGAUUUCGAAAAGCAAUUCAGCAUCAGAGGAUAGAGACAAACUUUUGGAAUUGUUUAUAAAGAACCAGCAUUUAAAAAAAACGAAGCGACCAGAUACAAGUGGUGAUGAUACUGAAUUCGAUUAUACAUGGGGAGCAAGAGCCAAACUCGAAUUAUCACCCGAGAACAUGGUCCAGUUUUUAUUACAGUUUUAUGAUGGCAGUUCAACACAAAAGAAGGAAUUACAGGAUAGAAUGUACAAACAAGGAGGAUACCAAGUUGCCACCCGUGCCACAUCUGAAGGCCCCAACUAA